AUGAGGUUCCAUUUUCCUUCCGGAGAAUAUGUGUGGCACGACUCAGUUUACAUUCUAUCGUGUGAACAUUCAAAUAUCAUCAGUGUAGGCGUCGAGUCCAGUGUCCUCUCAGACCAAAAUCAUUCGAUCAAUUUCUAUGUCGCCGGAUUGAAUCCGGUGAUAAUCAACGACCAGAUGCCAUUCAAAUCAACGACGGAAACGCGUAAGGCGUCAAUUACGCAGCGAACCACAAGCAAUUCCACCGUAAUUCGCUGCAACAAAUACGCCGCUAAACGUGUCUGGAUGAAAGUUCGUAAUGUGAUUCGGAUUGCUUCUGCACAUUUGGCCCUUUAUUGCUUCGUAAUUCUGUACGUGUUGGUCGGCGCCUACGUUUUUCAUUACAUGGAAGGUGAUAAUGAGACAUUUCUUCAUGAGACACAAAGAGAGCAAGUGUUGCAGUUAAAAAAAGAUGUCAUCGCGAAAUUGGCAUCGACCGAGAGGGCGGAGGAUAUUGAUAUGUUUCUUCGAUCAUUUCUUCAAAAUAUAUCAUACCUCCAUAUUUCGCUCGACAACUAUUUAAUCUACAAUGAACCACUACAAGUUGUGCAAAAACGAUGGACGUUUCCAGCAAGCGUACUCUUCUCUUUUACAAUAUUAACAACAAUUGGUUACGGAAAUGUGACACCAUCCACACAAGAAUGCAAAAUUUUUACAAUGAUCUAUGGAGCAUUUGGAAUCCCUCUAUUCCUUAUUACAAUUGCAGAUCUUGGAAGAUUUUCAAAAACCGCUAUUAUGGCGACAGUUCAAAAGUUGUACAAAAAAGAGCUGAAAAAACAAGGCGAACAAAGGUUUUUACGGGAAUUAGGAGAAGUUUUCCUUGUCGCCUUACUCUUUGUCGUUUUCAUUGCUAUAGGCUCUGCAGUAAUCCCAUUAUGGGAAGAUCAGCUCACUUAUUUCGAUAGUGUAUAUUUUUCAUAUAUGAGUCUGACAACCAUCGGGCUUGGAGAUAUUGUACCUAGGCGUAUGGAUUUCCUUUUGCCAACUUUGGUUUACAUCACAAUUGGUUUAUGGUUGACUACAGCUUUAGUAGAGCAACUCGCCGACGUUUUCCGAUUAGUGCAUUAUGCAGGACGACAGGUCACAAAUGUUAAAGGAAUAACAGUUUGGCUCGGGGGUCGUCGGUUGUCUGUUGGUGGUUUAAUCAGCACUGUGUGUCGAAGGGUGGGAAUGUCCGAUAAUCUUAUAAAUCAAAUUAAUUGGGACAAAACAAUCGAUCAAGCACUUUCUGGGAUUGCUCCGGCGACACUGCCUAUAUUCCCAUGGCAUUUUACAGAUUUCCUUGAGCAUGACCCACCGUUAAUCGACCUUAGUAUCGAUUUGGACCAAUUGGAUGGCUCAUUUUAUUGCUCGAAGCCGGUGAACUCAUCAAACUCGAAAAUACGAAGAGAUAGCCAGCUGAGCGCGCCAGCAGUGUCAUGGAUGAGACCACAAGAAGAGGCUCGAAUUCUCGAAUCUUCUAGUUUCGCAUGCAUCGACUCGUGA